AAAUGUGGCGACGCCGGGUCGGCGUGCUUCUGUCUCAGUCACUGUAGUGUUUCACACAGGAAGCACUUGGUGGCAUUUUUCAGCUCUGAAACACACAACAUGACUUUACUCAAGGUGUUCUUGCUUUUUUGGAUGUUUAAUGAAGUCAUUCUCGAGUCGGAUGCAAGAAUACCUUGUCCUAAAGGUCAUAAAGUAUCCCAACAUGGCAACACUUGUGUGUCCUGCAAUCCAGGAUCUUACAUGGAUAAAGAAAAUGAUUCUAAAUAUUGCAACCCAUGUACACCAUGUUAUCAGAAUUCUGGGAGCAGAGUCGAGCAGGAAUGCACUAAAGUGUCAGACACUAAAUGCGAGUGCCGCGAGGGAUUUGUUCCCUUGGAGGACGAUAGAUCCAUCUGCAAAUGCAAAAAUGGCUUUGAACUAAAACAAGGAGUGUGCUCAGAAUGUGAGGAGGGACAUUUCAGCCCAAGUCCCAACACACCCUGCAAAAAAUGGAAAGAGUAUGGCCACUGUGUUCUUGUGUUUCAGCACUCUCCUCAUGCACUGUCUGUGCUGCUGUUAACAGCUUCAUCCUUUGUCUUCCAUUCCAGCUGUAAAUCAACAGGAGUGAAAACUAAAGGAACCAAGACCUCAGAUGUCACCUGUAACGACGUGGUGAAGAGCAACUCUGCGACCGCUCCACCUCACACAUCCAAAAACUUUUAUUCUCUCCUAAGCUCGACAACCCAACGUCCACCUGAGGGGGCCCAAACUCUCCAAAUGCAAACCGCCGUCGCCGCCAUCAUCACAGCUGCUUCACCGCCAGCCGCUCUGACGGGAAAAGCACUUCCUCCUAACCCUUCCAGUGCAGGCAGCCACAUUGGUAUCGCCCUCCUCAUGGUUGGAAUUAUCGGGUUGCUCGUGCUGACGGUCAUGACCUGCAAGCUGCACAUCACACCUUGCUGGCAGAAGAAAACAACAGUGCCAAAGCAGGACUCGCUGUGCGGGAGGCCGGUUGAGGAGAGCGGCGACGACAGCUCGUCCUCCCUCAAACUGAAUCCCGGAGAGCCCUGAGACCAAACCGUCCUCCUGUCUGUUCACUGAUGCUGUGAGUUAUGUGACGAGAUAAUCGUCGUGCGAGUAAUUUCAAACUGAUUGCUAACCGUUUUCCUUAGACAUCUGAGAAGGACUUCUCUGUAUUCUAACAGGAAAGUUCUCAACCUGUGAUUAUGGUCAAUAUUUGACUUGUGUUCGUUCUGUUUUUGCAGACGCUCGGGUGAAUUAUCUGAAAAAAUUAUCAUACCUCACUUUUCGUUUUCUAACUGUGAAACAAUUUAAGUAGUAAAAAAAUGAGCUUUUACUAUUUAAGGUGUUGUACUUUCUAGUAAUAAUAGUAUAAUAUUUUACACAAAAAGUUACUCUCUCUCUGUAGUUGUGGUAUUUAUUUGGAUCUUUUUGUACAAUGAACUGAGAAGUCGCGCCACUCGAUGCUUUGCUAAAAUGCACACUUACGUCUAAAUUUGUGCUGAUCUCAAUAAGGAUUGACGUGGCCUGUGACAAGUCUGAGAAAAAUGCGGUAAAACAGCAAAGGUUAACACCACUGACUCAGGUUAUUACAAACCGCCAGAGACUUUCUUUCUUCGUGCAGCUUUUCGGUCUCCAUUGCUUUGUUUACUCGGCUCUGUUCCACCGGUAGCAGGUCUGAAGAUGUUUUCGGUGGUGUGUGUGGGGUCGGGGGAGUUCCUGUGAGGAUUUAAAUGUGCCUGCUUUUUUUUUUUUUUUUUCCACUGACAGAUUCCUCCUCUCAUGUUUUCAUGUUGGCCUUUGGAAAGACUGAUGUUGUAAAUGUGAGGACUUUCAUGUUGUUUAUGCCUCACGGGGGAUGUUUUCUCACAUCGGUACUGUCAGAGGAGUUAUGAAAGUCUGCCCGCGUUGCUUUUCACAUCACGCUAUAUGCAACCUUAAAUCACAAACAGCCUGUUUUUGUGGCUUGUGGAAGAAACAGAAGAUAAACGAGUGAAUGAGCAGUGAUGGAGAAAGUGCAGCGACAUUAGAAAUAGUGUGGUAAAGGUUAGAAUCCUGGAUUUAGUCAUCAUUUAUUACUUUUCAGUCAUUCCAAUUCCUUUAAAGGCUAUCGACGUAAAAACACCAAAGAAUUCACAGAAAAAAGUCCUUGUACAUGUUCUGCACAAAAUGACUAAUGUAUCUGGUAUUAUUUAUACAGAUGCUACUACAUCUUCUUUCCCCUUAUUUUACUGUUCUAGCUGGUCAAAGUUCUUGUACAACUCAACUAAUGAAUAUGAGUGUUUGUUACAGAAAGUGUGCAGACUGGAAACAGUCCCUGCAGAAGCUUUCUGUAAAUGUCUGAUCCAGGAAGUCGGUGUGUGGCUUCAAAGAAAUGAACCAAACCUUCUCAGCGUUUUGUGGAAAUAGCAUCUUACUGGGAAGCGAAGCAGCAAUUGUACAUACACACAUCUGUAGACAUUUUUUUAGACUUCCGUGUGUAUUUCUGUUUGUGCUAAUUCUGCUCGUUGUUUUUUUUUUCUGUCUUGUGGUUGCCUGACUGACAACUAUGAUUGCAGCAAAGUGAAAACGUGCUCAUUGUUGUGUUUCUUUGUUUCAGAAGAUGUCAGAUUGAAUAAAAGUUUUGUUUGGUGUGAA